AUGGGGAAGAACAAGGCGAAGGCGAAGAAGUUCGCGGAGGUGAAGCGGAUCCUAAACCCGAAAGAAGCGAGAGUGUGCGUCCCUGCCCGACGUCUUACCUUCCCCCGCGCGCGUUCCGUCAUCAAGCACGUCGAGGCGACGUCCUCCGCGCUGUUCUUCAAGCACAACUCCGCGCUCGGGCCGCCGUACAACGUCAUCGUGGACACGAACUUUAUAAACUUUUCGAUUAAAAACAAGAUCGACCUCGUGAAAGGGAUGAUGGACUGCCUGUACGCGCAGUGCGUCCCUCACAUCACGGACUGCGUCAUGGCGGAGCUCGAGAAGCUCGGGCAAAAGUACAGGGUCGCGCUGAGGGUCGCGAAAGACCCGAGGUUCACGCGGCUGCCGUGCACGCACCCGGGGACGUACGCGGACGAUUGCAUCUGCGAACGCGUCAGGCAGCACAAGUGUUACAUCGUCGCGACGUGCGACACGGAUUUGAAACGACGGAUACGGAAGAUUCCCGGGGUGCCGAUCAUGUACUUGCAGCAGCACAAGUACAGCAUAGAGAGGCUGCCGGAGGCGGUCUUGGGGGGGGCGCCCGCGCGGUGA